ACAAGGAAGUGAGCACAGACUACAUACCAGAGACAAGUACUUGUACUUGUCUCUGUACAUACUAUUGUGAAGUGACACAAAAGACUAGGUUAUGGACCAUCCGCAUAUUUUUUCCCUAAAUUUGCUUUAUUUUAAGUGUACUUUAAAGGAAAAUUAAAAAGGAACGCCAAAAUCCGAUAGACAUAAAGUAUAUAAAUAUAUGAGCAUCUGUAGAAAGAGCAGCGAAUUUUAAUCAAGGUCGGAUUAAAGGAUUGUAUGAUAACACUCCUAUGAAAACUGCUCUUUCUGAUCCAUUGAAUCCAUCAUUGUUUGCUCAAUUAGCAAAAUCGGAAUGCCCAGAAGAGGUCGAGUGAAGAAAGAAGGACCCGAAUCAGGUGAGGAUUCGGAUGAGUAUCGUAAGAGAAGGGACAAAAACAACAUGGCAGUCAAAAGGAGCCGGGUAAAGUCCAAACAAAAGACUCAAGAGACUGUGAAUAGAGUCACUGAGCUAAGGAACGAGAAUUAUGUACUGGAGGAAAAAGUGAAGACUCUCACCAAAGAACUGAGUUUUCUGAAGGAGCUUUUUCUGGCACACGCGUCAAAUAACGCAGAUUCAUCCAAAUUUGAUGGAAUCAAUUUCCAAAAAUUAUUAGAGGAUAAACCGUCUGCAGGAUCAAGUGCGAGUGAUGACAAAUAGAGGCAGGACAUUACACAUAAUAUAUGCUCUCUUCAUAUUACUAAAUGUUUGGUUUUAAAUAGAUAUGUUUUUUACUAACUGACAAACAGUACAUAUUAGUUCAACUCCAAGCUGUAAACAGAUUGUUUACUCUUUAAAUCGCGCUCUGUUGAACUCAAACGUCAGAAAAAAUAACAUUUCAUUUAAGAACUGGUCAAAAUACGAAAUAAUUAGACCAGCUGAAAGAUGCACGACGAUUUGCUUUCAUAGUUAAAGACAUAUUCAAAAGUGUAAUUAGCAGACCUGAAGAAGCCACAAAGAUGGAACUCAAUAUACUAUACCUGUAUUUUAGCAUAGAACAUCAAAGGAUGCAUUUCCGAUAUAUGACUGUUGAAUAUUAAAUGUUAUUACUGUGGA